AUGUACGAUUCCGCACGGGACUGCUUCACCGAGCAACAGGUUGCAGAGCAAAAAGCACUUGCAGCCGAAGCCGCAACCCGAGCCGACAAGGAGCGAGAGCCCCGCCGCCGCAUCAGUACCGUGGGCGACCUCCUGAGCCCCGUUGACGAUGCCUCCUCUCCCCCAACCACGACACCAACUCUGAGCAAGCCCCCCUCCUCCUCCUCACCAACAACAACAACACCAGCCAAAAUGCCCGACUCGCAGUCUUCUCAUCCACUGAAGCGGAAAGAACGAGAACGCGGCGGGACCCCCCCCAGAGCCCGCGAAGACGACACAAAACGCCGGCGAGGAAACUCCCCGCACCACGACGACCGCCGAAGACGCCACGACCGUGGCCGCGACGACGACCAUGGCGGGAAACGCAGGCGUGCUGGGGGCGGCGGCUCCGGAUCGUCCCCCAGAGAGCGCAACAUAUAUGCCCCCCGCCGGCGGUCACGCUCCCGGUCUCCCCGUGGCGACAGACAGCCGUAUCAGCGUCGUCCGGUCUCCCCCGGUGGACGGUACCGAUACCGCUCGCCCCCACCGCCAUUGAUCCCCCGGCGUGACCCCUCGCCCUCGCUUCCCUCAACGCGCGAUACCUCCCCCCCGCGCCAGCGAAAACGCCCCGGCCAGAGCGCCCGCCUGACAGAAGCCGAACGCGAGGCCCACCGCGCCGCGAUCGCGAAACGCGAAGCCGAGGCCGCCCGCCUAGCAAAAGAGAGCGUGCAGGCCCGCGGCGUCAACGAGAUCGUCAAAGCGCACUACAACGACAAGCGCGAGCUCGGCAAGACCUGGCGCGAAACCCACUCCCAAAUCAAGGGUCUCCGCAGCUUCAACAACUGGGUCAAGUCCACCAUCAUCCAGAAGUUCUCCCCCAACGACGGCUUCGACCCGCGCAGUGCCGGCCCCAACAGCGAGCGCAUCUUCGUCCUCGACAUGGGUUGCGGCAAGGGCGGCGACCUGCUCAAGUGGAAGAGCGCCCCGCAGUCCGUCGAGCUGUAUGUCGGCGUCGACACCGCUGACGUCUCUAUCGACGACGCCCGCGAGCGCUACAACCAGAUGCGCGGUGGCCACCGGCGCGGCGGCCGUCAGCUCUUUGAUGGCCGCUUCUACGCGAUGGACUGCUGGUCGCAUUGGAUUGGCGAGCUGCCCAUCAUCGCCGAUAUUGGCGCGGACCCGAAUGUGGGCCCUGGUGCCACGGCCACGCGGUGGAGCAAGGGCGGCGGCUUCGACGUCGUCACAAUGAUGUUCUGCAUGCACUACGCGUUCGAGUCUGAGACCAAGUGCGCGACCAUGCUGCGCAACGUCGCAGGCGCGCUGAAGAAGGGCGGGCGCUUCAUUGGCACGAUCCCGAGUAGCGAUGUGAUCUCGAGUCGGGUCCGCGGGGAACAUCUGGACCCCGAGAAGAAGAAGGAGAUGCUGCCGGAGGAGGGCGAGGGCGCGGAGAAUGGGGUCCAGGAGUGGGGGAAUAGUAAGUACCGGGUGAGGUUUGCGGAGCCGCCGCCACGUAGCGGAGUGUUUAGGCCGCCGUGGGGAUGGAGGUAUAGUUUUUUCUUGGAGGAGGCCGUCGAGGAGGUGCCGGAGUAUGUGGUGCCGUGGGAGGCGUUUAGAGCAAUCGCGGAAGACUACAGUCUCGAGCUCAUCUACAAGAAGCCCUUCCACGACAUCUGGAAGGAGGAGCGCGAAGACAGGGACCUCAAGGUGCUGGCGGAGCGCAUGGGUGUUGUGGGCCGCGAUGGCACCUUUGCGAUCGAUGAUGAGCAGUGGGACGCGUGUGGGUUCUAUCUCGGAUUCGCGUUUAGGAAGAUAUAG